UUAAUGAAAGAGUUUCCACUUCUCAGCAUGUUGAAUAUUCAUGAAAACCUUCUGGAGGCACUGCUGGAGUUGCAGGCUUAUGCAGACGUCCAGGCAGUUUUAGCAAAGUAUGAUGAUAUCAGCCUUCCGAAAUCAGCAGCGAUAUGUUACACAGCAGCCUUGCUGAAAGCCAGAGCUGUUUCAGAAAGGUUCUCCCCAGAAACUGCCUCCAAAAGAGGGCUUAGUACAGCAGAAAUAAAUGCUGUGGAAGCAAUUCACAGAGCUGUGGAAUUUAACCCUCAUGUUCCAAAGUAUUUGCUAGAAAUGAAGAGCUUAGUGCUUCCUCCAGAGCACAUUCUGAAGCGAGGGGACAGUGAGGCAGUAGCAUACGCUUUUUUUCACCUUCAGCACUGGAAGAGGAUAGAAGGGGCUCUCAACCUGCUACACUGUACAUGGGAGGGCACAUUUAGGAUGAUCCCAUACCCAUUAGAGAAAGGUCAUCUUUUCUACCCCUAUCCGAGCUGCACAGAAACAGCAGACAGAGAACUGUUGCCAACAUUUCAUGAAGUCUCCGUUUACCCACAGAAGGAGCUUCCCUUCUUCAUCCAUUUCACAGCAGGCCUGUGCUCCUUCUCGGCCAUGCUCGCCCUCCUCACACACCAGUUCCCUGAGCUGAUGGUCGUUCUGGCUAAGGCUGUGCUGCGGGUGCUGUGGCCGGUGAGUGCUCCCAGCGUCCUGGCCUCCAGCUGA